AUGGCUCCUCCAGUACUACGUCCUGAAAAUGCUUUAAAGAGAACGGAUGAGCUGAUCUCUGUUGGAGAACCUCAAGCUGCAUUGCAGUCGCUCUACACAUAUUUGUCAUCAAGAAGAACUCGUUUCGCUCAACCUGGGUCAUUAGAGCCCAUCGUGUUCAAGUUUCUCGAACUUGGUGUUGAGUUGAAGAAAGGCAAGAUAAUCAAGGAUGGUCUGCACCAAUAUAAGAAAAACUUGCAAGUUUCUCCCGAGGGGUUGAACUCUGUUGGUGUUGUUUGUCGUAAAUUCAUUGAUAUGAUCGAAGCUAAAAUGGCCCAAGAACAAGCCAAGGCUGAUGAGCAACAGGAGGAUGUAGAUGAUGAUCUAGAAGGAGGUGUAACUCCUGAGAAUCUAUUGAUUUCGGCAUUUGAACAAGAUCAAUCUGUAGGUGGUUUCAAUGAUGAAGCCAUUACCUCGUGGUUGAGAUUUACUUGGGAGUCUUAUCGUGCGGUUUUGGACUUACUAAGAAACAAUUCUCAAUUGGAAAUUACUUAUUCUGGUGUCGUGAGCAGAACAAUGCAAUUCUGUUUGAAGUACAAACGUAAGAAUGAAUUCAAGAGAUUGGCCGAAAUGUUACGUCAACACUUGGACUCUGCGAAUUAUCAUAACAAGUACAACAACUACACUGUGGAUUUGAGUGAUGCAGACACGUUACAGCGUUAUCUAGACCAACGUUUCCAGCAGGUGAAUGUUUCUGUCAAAUUGGAAUUAUGGCAUGAGGCUUUCAGAUCUAUUGAAGAUGUUCACCAUUUAAUGGCCAUGUCGAAGCGUGCUCCUAGACCAUCAGUCCUAGCCAAUUACUACGAGAAUCUCGCUAAGGUUUUCUUCGUUUCUGGUAACUAUUUGUUGAAUGCGGCUGCUUGGGAAAAGUUUUUUAAAUUGUACUUGACUAACCCUAAUGCCACCAAGGAGGACUUGAAAGUCUACGCAUCAAACUUCAUGCUUUCUACACUUGCAAUUCAAGCCGAUGAUCUACCUGUAGUUGGGUUUGAUCCCCAAAUUCGUCUAUGCCAUUUAUUAGACUUGGAAUCUAAACCAACAAGAGAACAAAUGAUCAAUGCGGCUAUGGAAGAAAGUAUCUACUCUGAAGUUGACGAAGAAGUCAAACAACUACAAAAGUUGCUAAGCGAAGAAUUUGACUUGUACACUCUGAAGGACAGCCUCGCACAGUUGUUGCCUGCCUUAGCAGCUAAAUCGUACUUUGAGAAAUACGCAGUGCCAUUGAGGAAUUAUAUCGUAAGAAAGAUCUUUGUUCGUGCUUCAGAGAUUUUUGAGACAAUCAAAUCCGAAGAGCUUUUCUCUCUGGUCGCUCUUCCAAGUCCUUUCAAUUUGAAUCCUUUGGAAAUUGAAAAAUCUUUGAUGCAAGCUGCAAUGGAGGAUUACGUUACUUUCACUAUUGACCAUGAAGCGGACUCCAUUACUUUCACGAAAGAUCCCUUUGAUGUUUUGGCCGCAGCCGUCACAGCGGUACCAUCUUCUGAAGAAACUGAAGAGGACCAAGAAAUUGAUGAAGAACCAAAGAAUGUUGAUGGUGAGGAAACUGAAAUCGAAAGUGAGCCAAUCGUGACUCGUAACUCUGCUAUCCGCUCUCACUUGAAUGAAUUGGCCAAGUCUUUGAAAGAAAGUGACGGUUUCGCUGAAAGUUCUUACUUAUACAAAGUCAAGGUUGCUCGUGAGAAAUUGAUUCAAGAAACUAAUGACGCCAUUGCGCAUGAAAGAGAACUUGCCGAGGAAAGAGCAAGACAAAUUGAGGAAAGAAAGCAGAAGGCUGAUGCUGGAAAGUUCGUGACUGUCGAGCAGGCAGCUGAGGAAAGACAAAGGCGUAUGAUGGAGGAAAAAGCUACUGCAGAGGCUAGAAUGGAGCUUGAAGCCAAGCGUCGUGCUGAGGAGAAACUCGAGCGUGAAAAAGCCGCCGUUAGAGAGCAAGAAAUGAUCAAAUUGAUCGAGGAUGUCAACUCCAAGGGUAUUAUCUAUAUUGACCCCAAGGAAGCAAAGACAAUCACUGCUGAGACAAUCAGAAAGAUGACCAUCGAACAAUUGUCCAAGAAUAAGAAAGAACUUGAGGAACGUAUGAAAUCUGCUUUCAAGAGAUUGGAUCACACCGAAAGAGCCUUCAGAAAGGUUGAAUUGCCUCUGUUGGAGAAAGAUGCCGAGGUUCAAGAGGCUAGAGAUUUAGAAAACUACAACAAAUUGAAAGCUAAAUUAAUUGAUGCUGCUAAGAAAGAGCACGCUGAGCAAGUCAAAUUACAUGAACGUUUAAUCAAACUCAGCGGUGACUUCAAGUCUUACAAGAACAAGGUCCUUUCUCAAAAAGAGACCGAAAUUUCUCAAUUGCACAAAGAAAAUACUGCUAAAUUAGAGGCAGCAAAGAAGGCCAGAAUCGAGGAAGUUCGCCAACAACGUUACGACGAACUAGUUGCGAAGAGAAAGGCCGAAUUGGAGGAGAAGACGAAGAAAGAGCGCAUGGAGAGAGAGCGUGAAGAACGUAUCAGAUUGAACAAAGAAAAGGAUGAGAUUGCUCGCAAGCAGAAGGAAAUGGAGGAAGCCAUCGAAAGAAAGCUUGCUACGAAGAAAGCACCUGCACCUGCACCUGCCGCACCUGCGCCAGCUGCCAAUUUGUCAUUCGCUGAAAGAUUGAGACUGAAAAGACAAGGUGUGGAGGUUCCUCCUGCUGCUCCUGCUCAAAAGCCAGUGGCAACUCCAGCUUCUGCUCCUACUCCAGCCCCUGCUCCUGUUCAACCUCCAGUCGCGGCACCCGCGCCAGUUUCUAAACCUUCCCCUACAACGACUGCUGCUCCUCAAAGAGAGUUAACCUUUGCUGAAAGAAUGAAGCUAAAGAGAGCUGGUAAAAUCUAG